AUGAAUUGUCCAGUCGAUAGUCCAGCUGUGUCUGUUGAAGACAAAAGAAAACGAUUCGAGGAAUUAAAAGGCGACCAUCCCUCGAGACCCCCUAUCGUCUUUCAAAAACCCACACCCAGGGGUCAGGGUCAAACAAAUGGCACUGUCAACGCACGAGCCUUCUUCGCAAAAAGCCUGGAGGGUGAUGAGGAUCAGAUGCAGGAAACAAACGAUCGAAAACGGGUCUCAUCAAGGCUUGACGAUGUUGAAAAGAAAUCGGACCACAAGUCGUCGUACAUAUCAAUCUUUGGGAACGCACCUCUUUAUCAAAUUUACGAUGAACACUUCAGGCGUAAGGAAUCUCGCCGUUUACGCCACAGACUUCGUGAAUCCAUUCGGUCGCUGCGCAGAAAGCGCGGUGAUCAACGGCCUGCCCGCCCAGCCCAGCCCAUCGUUGCGCCGCCUAAAUUCGGUCCAGACGAGCAGUCAUCGUCGACGUCUUCAAGUGAUGAUGAAAGCGACGUACAGACGUCCGGUCCCAGGAAGACCUCAAGCUUUACCGUAAUUAAACGUGACUUGCCGCGAAAGCGUUCAGACGUCGAAAGAACUGCUAAAUUUGGUGAAAUGAACACAGUAGCCAAUGAAUUCUCAGGCACGGGCCCGGCCCGAGUUAGAUGGAUGGACAUGCCCGAGGUCAAACGAAGGAAUCUCUUGGCUGGAAUGACCAAGGAACAGCGAAGCCUCGAAGAGGCGCGCUUUGAAAUCAUCACAUCGGAGGCCUCCUACUACAAGAGUUUGACGGUCCUUAUCGAUCUCUUCUACAAAGCUCCUGUCUUCAAUCCCUCAGCUCCAAACGCGGUCAUUACCGAAUUUGACAAGCAUCAGCUGUUUUCAAACAUCGUCAAUAUUCAUGCGACAAGUGAAAACCUUCUUCAUUCGUUAGAGACGAGCUUCCGCAAGGAUCCGCUGAUGGAAAAUAUCUGCGAAAUCCUUUAUGAACACUCGGAAACAAAAUUAUCUUAUUACGUCACAUACGUGAAAAACCAAAUGUAUCAAACCCGUACGCUGAGUAAGCUAUUGAAUCGACCAGCAUUCAAGGAAGCUCUGAUACAGAUUCAAAGCAUGCCACAAUGCAGUUCACUCGAUCUUAAUUCCUUCUUGGUGCUUCCAAUGCAGAGGGUGAUGCGGCUGCGUCUUCUCGUCGCUGCCGUUCUCCACUACACGCCGAAAUCCUCGCCUGCCUAUGAGAGCGGCCUUGUGGCAUUGGCGUCUCUUGAAAAGUUGAUUUCUGACUGCAACACACAGAAGGGACACAUGGAGCAGAAAGAGCGCCUCGUCACAUUGUCUAGUCAAUUGGAAUUCAAAAGCACGCUCAGGGCCGUGGGUACUGGAAGCCGUGAGCUGAUAAAAGAAGGAAAUCUUCGUCUUCUGGGUACCUCAAACUUACCGAAUGCUGCCUUCAGACGCAAAUUAUCUGACACUUUCAAGAAUAAACCAACUCAAAUAACUCUCUUCUUAUUCACUGAUCUCCUCCUAAUCGCAAAAAGAAAAGGAGAAAAGUAUCUAGUGGAGGAUAUUAGUCCAGUAGAGGACCUCGCCGUGACCGUUGAGGCGCCCCCGGUGGACUCAAUGAUCAAGAGGACUGAGUUAAAGACCAAAGCGAACUCUGAUGAUCCCUUCUACAUUGUGCCCCACAUUCGGCCUGAUCGCUCCGUCUCCGUGCGUCAGUCACGAGAGCUUGCUGACACACGCCAAAGCAGUCGAUUCCGCGAACGCUCGCGCUCCAAAGGCAGCUCCGGUCGGCACUCGGGGUCCACGGUCAGCAAUGCGACGGAGGGCGGCGGCGGCGGGUUCCCGGGUUACCCCUUUAUCCUCACAUUCCAGUCUACUGACUUCUCCAUUGUCGACUACCAUUUCUCAUGCGACACCUUGUCCCAACGGGAACGCUGGGUGGAUGCUCUUCAACCGGGUUACUACUGUGUCCCUCCCGAGAUCAGCUAUGAUACAUGGGACUGCCCUCAAGUGAUUGCAAUCGUUAGCUAUGGAGCUACAGAGAGAGAUGAGUUGGAGGUUAAAGAAGGAGAUUUAAUGAACGUCAUCGUCGAAUUAUCAGACGGCUGGCUGAAAGGUGUCCUGCCCGACGGUAGGGAGGGUUGGGUGCCGAAGAGUGUCUGUCAGCACGUUGAAGACCCACAAGCGCGUCGACAAAAUAUGAAGAAUUUUCUGCUUUCAGAAGAGGCCCAACGAGCUUAUCAGAUGAGAAAACAGCGGGAACAGCAAAAGGACAUGUUCGUCCGUGUACACGAUGUGCGCGACACACAGGUUUGA